CAGUCUGACUAACUCCGCGGCCAUGUUGUCUCGGACUGCCGCACCGCACCUGAAAGCAGGAUAUUGGUAACCUGACGCCUCUACCUGUUUACCGCCUCCACCACAGUGACUAGUGAUGGACUGUGAGAGCUUCAGAGGCAGGGGACGUUAGUACGACGUAGGUGGCAGUAUCAACAGGACUCCGGACAAAAGUCCACGUAAAUUAGUCUUACCUCUACCUUCACAUGAGUUUCUACUUGUUAUUGGGACUUUAAUUGUUACAGAAUUUCGCCUGGAAAGCACUUUGUGCUGACAUCUAUCAUAACCAUCGAACUCAGCAUUGCAGUGGGAGCUAACAAAGCCAAAUGAAGAUCUACUGCAAAAGGAGAACCACUUUCUGUCUGCCGUUAGUCUCCAACUGAUACAUGUGUACCACAUCACAAGGAGGGUACAAGAAGAUGCCCGUUCAGAUACCAGACGAUACAGACUUUACCUCUUUCAAGGAACAAUGUGAAAACCAGGAAGGAUGGACAGCGCGCUACAGCAAGGGAAACGUGACGGUGUGGUGCAGGGAUGAAGAGUGUAAAACGAUCCAGAAACUAAAGAUGAGGAUAGUGUGUAAGGACGUGACUGCCGAGACCCUUUACGAUGUCCUUCAUGACACCAGCUACCGGAAGAACUGGGACAGCAACAUGAUCGACACCCACGAUAUUGGCAGGCUCACUGUCAACGCAGACGUAGGAUAUUACUCUUGGAAGUGCCCGAGCCCCCUGAAGAACAGGGACUUUAUCACUAUGAGAUCGUGGCUUCCUCUGGGCAACGACUACCUGAUCAUCAACUACUCUGUCAAACACCCGCAAUAUCCACCCAGAAAGGACUGCGUGAGAGCAGUGUCUCUACUGACAGGAUACCUGAUUCAGUCCAGUGGAGAAAACUCCUCCACUCUCUAUUACCUGACGCAGGUCGAUCCCAAAGGUUCCCUUCCCAAGUGGGUGGUGAAUAGAGCGUCUCAGUUCGUAGCACCGAAGGCCAUGAAGAAGAUCUACAAGGCCUGUCAGAAGUAUCCAGAGUGGAAGAGGAAGCACAACCCUCACCUGAAGCCCUGGAUUUAUCCCGAGCAGAACACCUUACCGUGUAUUAACGUGUCUGACCUUGUGCCUCAGAGAGCCGACUCACUGGAGAACAUUGAUGAGAGCCGCCUGACGGAGGAGAAACAGGCACAACGUCACAGUGAUGACGAAGAGACCUAGUCUGAGUGAAGAAACUGUUUGUAUGUAAUUGUGUGGCUGUGUUUAAAAUGGCACCCUAUUCCCUAUAUAGUGUAUUACUUUUGUGCAGGGCCCAUUAGGCCCUGGUCAAAAGUAGUGCACUACUACCUAUAGGGCUCUGGUCAAAAGUAGUGCACUACUACCUAUAGGGCUCUGGUCAAAAGUAGUGCACUACUACCUAUAGGGCUCUGGUCAAAAGUAGUGCACUAUACAGUAUAGGAAAUAGGGUGCCAUUUGGGACACACACUGUUGAGUUUGUGUGUGUGUGUGUGUGUGUGUGUGUGUGUGUGUGUGUGUGUGUGUGUGUGUGUGUGUGUGUGUGUGAGAGAGUGUGUACAGUACCUAUAAUGUACAUGUAUGAUUGACUAUAAUUUUGAUUUCCAAAUUUGUCUUGUUGCGUUUAGCUGGUAAUUGAUCAAUAACUUAUUCAAUCUGAGGGGUUUAACAGGGUAUUUUCAUAUAGCAUGACAAAUUAGGAGAAAAGAUCUGACAUAUUCUUUAAAAAAAUGGACGACGUAUUUACGGUGCUAUCGCUCAAUUAAAUAGUAUAAUAUCUCAUUGACAGUAAUAAUAGACUAAACCUUUGAGUAAAACUUUGUGUCUCUUUCACAAAAAAAACUCAUUUGAAGACAAUAUUUCACAUUUCACAUUUCACACUUAUUCACAUUUGAUUUGACUAAGCUUUAAUUUGGCUCUUGGGGUGGUGCAGCGGUCCAAGGCACUGCAUCUCAGUGCAAGAGUCUUCACUGCACAAAUCCAAGCUUCAUCACAUUCAGCUGUGAUUGAGAGACCCAACGGCCGCGCCCAACAUCGCCCGGGGUAGGUUGCCAUUGUAAAUCAUUAUUUGUUUUUAACUGACUUGCCUGGUUAAAUAAAAACAAAACAAAAAACACAGUAAGUAGCCUUUACCAAUACAGGCAGUCUACUUAAGUAUAUGUCCAGUUCUCUAGUGCCUCCCAGUGGCAGUAAUAUGUCAUAACAUUUCCUCAUCCCCCAGUGUUCCGGAAGCCAUGAGCUGUUAGAACAAUGGAAUGUCAAGCUUGUUAGGAAGUGAAUUAGCAUAAUGCACCAAGACAUGUGUUCUUUUGUACAGUGAAUGGCCCACUGAGGCUCCUAUAAUGACAGUCACAGGGGAGGAGAGAUGGCAGCAUAACCUGUUUGGAAUCAGUCAUAAUCUGUUAUAGUUUUUUAUAACCUUAGAUGGUCAUGAAGCAUGUUUAGCUGUUAAACGGUCAUUACAUUACUUAUACUUUGGUGUUGCCUGUUCUGACUGAAUAUGAAACAUUAUGUCUUUAUGAAUGAAUAAAGUUAUCAUUAGGAAA